AUGAGAGCCCUGGCGGAAGGAAUGAGGGUAAACGUUCUGGGACGUCCUGCCCCAGCGGCCAGCGGUUUGGUAGUGGAGAUGUUGUCGGCGGAGCUCUCUCCGCGAGUAACUCUGGAGUAUCUCAUCGUCAACCAGGUCACCGUCAUCUUCCACAGCUUCGGGGACGAGUGGAGGGGAGAGAGCAACAACUACGUCGUCAACUACAACGUCAUCACCAACCGCAUCUUCGUCGAUUACGAUUGUGAAGACGCUGGUAACUUGGUCGAGGAGACCUGCCGUCUCGUGUCGCCCAAGGUGUACGAGACCAAGUCUGGGCUGAGAGUCCUGAGACUGGCUGGAGCACUUGGUUUUGUGGACGUCCAGCGACGCCCGAGUUGCGCUCAAUUGCAGCUCUCGUAUGGUGACGAGUCUGCUUUUCCCUUUGAUCGUCGCCACAUAUGCCUCAGUAUAGCUCGCUCCAACAGUGCUUGGAGAAAGCCAAGCUCAGCCUACACUCGUCGCAUUGUCUGUCCACCUUCAGCGCCCGCCCUCAUCUUAGAUCCAGUGUAA